AUGGUGGAUAGGGUAGAAGACUUGAAGUUGGGCAAGGUAGAUUUACAUGGACGUGGGUAUGGAAGGUGUGACCAAGAUCUACCCCCACAAACUCAACUGACUAAGGCAGGUGUGACCAAGAUCUACCCCCCACAAACUCAACUGACUAAGGCAGGUGUGGCCAAGAUCUACCCCCCACAAACUCAACUGACUAAGGCAGGUGUGACCAAGAUCUACCCCCCACAAACUCAACUGACUAAGGCAGGUGUGACCAAGAUCUACCCCCCACAAACUCAACUGACUAAGGCAGGAACAAUGCAAGGUGUUGCAAUCACUGAUAUUAAGAACGCAUUCUUGCCUACGGAGUCCCCACCCACAGCCAGACAAGCAGUGCGUGAAGGGUUGUGUACAAAUCUCUGUGUUUUCAGAAAUGAUUUCUGUCGAUUUGAUUUUGAUGUCAUGGUGAAGGUUGAUGUCGUUGUUGCUCUAGCCAUGGUGGGUGUGGUGGUGGGUGUCCCGCCCCACUACGGUUACUCCCCCGCCCCGACCUACACCCCCACUCCAUCCUACACCCCAGCUCCCUCCUAUCACCCUGCUUCAUCCUACCGCCCGGCUCCAUCCUACAGGCCAGCUCCAUCCUACCACCCGACUCCAUCCUAUGAUGCUCCUCCUAAGUACGACUUUAAUUACGCCGUGAAGGACGACUACUCCGGCAACGACUUUGGCCACCAGGAGGGUCGUGACGGCUACAACACCCAGGGGUCGUACUAUGUACAGCUUCCCGACGGUCGUCUGCAGCAGGUGACCUACACAGUCAAUGGUGACUCUGGCUACGUGGCUGAGGUCACUUACCAGGGAGAGGCCCAGUACCCUCACUACCAACCAUCCUACCAUCCUGCUCCAUCCUAUAAGCCAGCUCCAUCCUACCAUCCUGCUCCAUCCUACAAGCCAGCUCCAUCCUACACUCCUACUCCAUCCUACACUCCUACUCCAUCCUAUUCACCUGAACCUCUUUACCGACCUUCUCCAAGCUACGAUCCUGCUCCUGUCUAUGGAUAACCAAUAAUUGACCGAAAAUAUACAUCUACUAUAUUUAUAUUAUACCCCCUAUAUUUUAUCAAUAAAUAUAUAAAGGUUA